AUGUCAGGCAUGGUGUUCCCUGGACAGGCCCCUGUGGAUCUGGACAUAUACCAAAGCUCCUACAUGAUCGACUACAAACCUUAUGGGAAACACAAAUACACCAGGGUCACAUCAGAAGAGCAAGCAAAGCUGGACACCCAACUCCGAGAUAAAGAGUUCUACAGACCCACCCCCAGCCCCAAACCCAAGCUAGAAGAUGGAUACCCUGCCUUCAAAAGACCCCACAUGACGGCCAAGGACUUGGGGCAACCUGGCUUCUUCCCACCACAGGACCAUGUGGCCCCAGUGGAGGAUGAAUGUAGGUUCACCAGCGUCUGUCCAUCUGUGUACCCAGCUUCUCAUGCCCUGUACCUGGCCCACAGCGACCCGAACCGGAUUCGACAGGGUGCCGACUUCCCCUGUCUUCUGGAGCCUGAGCGCCAGCCUGCCCCAGACGUGGGCAAAGGCUACUUUCUACUGCCCGGCUGUGCCUGCCCUUCUCACUGUACAGUCAAGGUUCCCAUGUUGAACCGAUGGGGGCCCUUGAUGCCAUUUUACCAGUAG